UGUAAAUGUGAGACUAUUGUGUCUUUCGGAUGAUGCAUAUUUAGUGAUGUCGGUGAAUGUAUAAAUGAUAACGUACGGAACAAAGUGAUAUUUUCACAAUGUCCUACUUGUAGGUUAAAGUUUACGAAAGCGCGAUAUAUAGAGAGAAUCAUUCGAUUCGUAUUGAAAAUAUUACCGAACAGAGUUACGUGAAUUUCAACGUCUAAUGGCGACUAUCUCGCUUUUCAUUUCUCUUUAAUAGCUUCGCUCUUUUACCGUACUUUUCGGAAUAAACACUCUCAACAAGAGCAUCAUUACAGCGUUCUAAGGGCAAUGUAGAUUCAUUAUUCGAACAGUUCGUUAAGAGAUUGAAGUUCGCUAACGCAUCAGUCAUUUAUGGAUGGAUGUUGUUAACAAAAAGUGAUUGAAAAAGAAAAGGACAUCUACAAUUACGCGCGUAUUAUGAGGAUGACGCACAUAGUUUUUACUACUUCAUACUAGUCAAUCAUGCGAUUAACAUUUUAAAUCAAAGGUUAUGUAGUUUUCAGCCCGUUGCGAUUUCAUAAGUUUGAAUAUAUCAUUUUGUAAGAAGCUCGUGAUUCAGCAUCCAAAGAUUACAUUCGAUCACGCGCGAACAAUACGAUCAGAAUCGUGAGGACCUUGUACUUCGUGUACCUGUACUCGUCGUUUCAUAAUAAGAGAUCAUUGAUUUCGAUUAGAGUGGUUCGAGGCAAAAUGAGAGAUUACUUGUUUUGAUAAAUAUGCUGAUGAAAGCAUCUGUAUUAUUGAAUAAUAUUACGUUACCGUGUGUCCUUGAGAAAUACGAAUGUACAGAACCAGCAUCCUCUUUCGUUCUUUUCAAAAAGAAGUAGAUAUCGAUAUUACGAGAAUAUCCGCGAACUCCUCGAAUUACUUUCGGUCAACAAGAUCGGUGUUUUUAAAGUGCCAUAAAUACGCACGCAAUUAACCAGCAUUCGUUAAUUAUUCCCACGCGCCUUGAUUAUUUGACAACUUUUCUAUGUUUUGUAAUAACGCAGCUCGCUUACGGCGGUGCGAUGCAAAUACCGCGUUUGGACGUUCAUUAUUAUUUGGCGGCGAUAUUAUGGGAAGCGAUUCAUUCGCGCGCACGAUGGUCCAGAAAGACACAACAAGUUUAAAUCCUCUGGUGGAGCGGCAUGCCGACAAAUUGCCGCCGCGCACACGCUCGCAGCAACCACCGCAAAUGCCACCAUCACCAUUACUACUACAUCCACCACCCACUAAACAACCAACGAGCGCCGGUCAAUAAAUUCCCACAUCGUCUCUCGGCUUUCGCGCCCGUCACCGCGACGUUCGUCAAGUUAAUAUGAGGGAAACAACGAAGGGGGCGGACCUGCGACGGGAGAAUUCAACACGGAUAGCCAGCACAAACGUGCGUACGAGCGAGCGAACAAACGGACGAAUGAACGAACGAGUAAACGUACGGACGGGCAAGCACGCAUAAUAAUAUCGAUCGCGCGCGACUACCGUUAUUCCUCCUAUAAUACUCUUACUACUAACACGAAAUUUUUGACGUUGCGGGGCCGCAACGAGAGGGUGGGCACGAGUAAGGCUGAGUUCAAUAACACGGUGAAGCAAUAGACGAAGAACUUGAAGUGGUAGCGAAACGUGCGACUGGUCUCAUACAGAAACGGCAACACGAGGAUACAGCAGACGAGAAUCACCUCGAAGUAAGAGGCCAUCUUCCUCCGAGAAGAUAGACACGUUGUUUCGAGCAAAUUUACACACUUUCUUCCCCUCUUCUGUUAUCUCUUUUCUGCUCGUCGUUUCUUUCUUUCUCUCGUUCGUCCUCUCUCUCUCUCUCUCUCUCUCUCUCUCUCUUUCUUUCUUUCUCUCUCUGCCACAAACAGCUUCCUUAGCUUUCUUACGGCGAUAUCAUUCGGCAGAUGGACACUCCCUGUGGUCGUUCAACUCGGCUUUUUUCUUUCGUUGCUGACGUUCGGGAAACGUUACGGAACGGCGUUGUCAGCAGGUUCGUGUCUCUUCAAGCUUUUUCGGAUAUGCACCACACAACACAAAGCAAUGCAACGCUACUGCGCAGGCGGACACUACCGUUGACGGCGGGCGGCAACGCGCUUUAAGAGGGAAACCUCCUUAUCGGGUCAAAAAAAUCGAUAUUUUGGAAAUAGUCUUAAUCGAUUGUUAAACUAUUCAAGAAUAUUCCCUGAAAAUUUAAAGUCGAUAUCUGCAAUAUUUACGAAGUUACGAAGUUAAAGCGGACGGGUCGGGUGACGAGUUCAGACGGGCCUAGCGACCCUCGGGCGGUCGCGUUUAUACCUGCGUUCUCGGAGCGUGUUUAUACCUGCGUUCGAAAAGUCCGUUUGUAGAAAUUUUAUCUGUCUUCCCUUUCAAACUUGUUUUGACCUACGAUCAGUUCGCUUUCGUCUCUUGUCGAGUGAAUACGUUGCUAAAUGCAGCAUGACUUCGUAUCCGAAAGCGACACACGGGCAGUCCAGACGUUCAACGAAGCCUCGAAAAAGGAAAUCUCCGUGGAGUAAAGAUGAAGAAAAAGAAGCCGAAGAAGAGGAAAUUAGUAAUACGAGUGCUUCGAGUACAAAACUAAGCGGUGCUAAUGUUUUUGACGCAAAAGUGAAUAGGGCUCAUGCGUAUAAAAUUAUAGAUUUUUUAAGCGUUUUUUAAACGCUCGCGCAACUGCUUAUAUGUCGAAAGUGCUAGAAAAAUGUCGAAUUUAGAGAAUCGGGAAUUCGUGGUUUCGGUUUUAAGAUAGUUGUGUUGUGUUCUUGUGGCUCUACACAGAUUGAUUCUGGACCUCUUAUAAAUACCGGUUAUGAAAUUAACAGAAGAAUAGUUUUUGUUAUGAGACUUUUAGGCCUCGGACAAGAAGGCAUUAAUAUUUUUGCUGGACUUAUGGAUCUCGGUACAGGUUUGAGUAACAGUACGUACGAGAAAAUUGUGAAACACCUGUAUGAUGCAGUAAAGUUUGUCUUUGAUGCUACAUGUCUGAAAGCAGUUGAUGAAGAAAAAAAAUUAAAUGAAGAAAAUGGAAGAAGAAAAUCAAAAUUUUAUGUGUCUGGGGAUGGAUUGUGGAAGAAAAGAGGUUUUACGUCGCUGUUAGGUGUUGUAACUCUAAUUGGUAUUUUAACCGGAAAAGUAAUCGAUCUUGUUAUUAAAAGUUCAAUAUGUAAGGGUUGCACAUCAUAGAAAUUAAAAGAAGGUACUGAUGAAUAUACUGAGUGGUACGAAAAACACGAAGAUGAAUGCCUACUAAAUCAUUCCAGUUCAUCAGGGAAAAUGGAAGUCGAUUCCAUGAAAGAAAUGUUUUCCAGAUCAGAAGAAAAGUAUGGCGUUCAGUAUGUGAAUUAUAUAGGCGAUGGCGACUCAAAAAUCUUCAAAGCCAUCUUAGACUUGAAUCCAUACGGCAAUGACUCUCCUGUUAAAAAAAGUGAAUGCGUUGGGCAUGUCGAGAAACGAAUGGGCACAAGACUUCGAAAUGUAAAAAAAGAUAAGAAGCUCGGAGGACGUGGAAUGUUGACCGAUGUACUGAUAAAAAAAAUAACUCGAUACUAUGGAUUAGCCACACGUCGAAAUACUGAUUCGGUCCAGGGCAUGAAAAAAGCCAUUCAAGCAACACUCGAUCAUCUAACAUCUACCGACGAGACACCGAAACACGGAAAUUGUCCGGCUGGAACUGAUAGCUGGUGUAAGUGGCGCAAGGCUGAGGCAGCAGGUUGUGCAGCGUCAUUUAAACAUCCCCCUCCUCUUCACCCAAAUGUUGAGAAACAUUUGCAACCGAUCUUCGACGAUCUUUCGAAUGACAGUCUUUUGGAAAGGUGUUUAGGCGGUUACACACAGAAUGCAAAUGAAAGUUUCAAUUCUACCGUUUGGCGUUUAUCGCCUAAACACAUUCACAGUGGAGCAAAAAUCGUCCGUAUUGCUGCGUAUAUUGCUGCAUCGAUAUUUAACGAAGGCUACAAUGCGGUGUUAAUGAUAAUGAACAAAUUGGAUAUCGAAAUUGGGAUCCUGGCACACAAUUUUGCCAUAACAAAGGACGAGAAGCGAAUAAACAGACAGAACCGCCGAAGCUAUAGCAGCUCAAAAGAGGCAAGAACGGCUCGUAGGAUGGAGAUGAUGGCUCAAAACGAGUUCUACGAGGAAGCGGAUGGGCUACUUUAUGCAGCUGUAAUCGCUGAUUAGCGUGAGACUGCCGUAAU